AUGAGACGAGAUGACUCGAGCGUGGGCAGCCUCUCGACGCAUUCCGCAGUGAAGGGGCAAUUUGGGACAGCGGACUGGCCCUGCCAGUACCGCCAGCGCCAGCGGCCCGACUCGGUCUCCUUUGCCAUUGUCUACAACGGCACCGAAAAGGCCAACCCCUGGCCCGAAUCCUCGCGGAGACUGCCUCUGCUGCCGGAGCCGGGCGAUGACGGCGAUUGGCUUGCCCGAGCCAGCGUCAAGCCUCAGUUGCCCGUCGACCGAUAUGAUCAGCACCAGGCGACACUUCUGCGCCACUGCUCUACACUUGCUGUACCUUCUUUGCCGUGUCACAGCAACCAUGUGUCGUCAGCGGUCUCAUGUGCAUCAUCAACGCCCGACCAGUUGCCGAUCUGGCUGCCGAAGAGGUCGCCUAUGGUCUCCUGGAUUCAGACUUUGCGGAAACCGCCCAAUUUCACCGAUUCUUCCCCACCAAUCGACGCCUGUCCGGAGAACGGUUGCCAAGACCACGCCUUGCCUGACGCCAGAGAUGAACUUAUUCUGGGACCAGGCCAUUUGAUGCUGGCAGAAGCAGAGGACGACGAUCCAGAGGAAGUGGAAGAUAGGCUGGGAGUUUAUGAACAGGUCACAAACAUGGUACACGCUUCAAGGCGGACCCAGUCGGAAUGGCUCGAGGCAGAUGAGGCUGCCGGUGCCGAGACGCGAGAGAUCAAUUCUACGGGACGAAUAAAGAUCGGAGACUCGAGUUCCGGAGGCAGCAAGUCGGCUCCCUUCGGGGAUAGACGACACAGAGGAUGCACAGAGAAGACGAGCAACUCAGAAGAAGCGAAAUGCUCGCGGCAUCCCUCGGAGGUGAUAGAAGUUUGUUCACUUGUGCGUGCAUGUGUGUCUGUCUAUUUGUAA